AUGGAUCGAACAGAAGCACUGAAGAAAAUCCAAAAUGCUUGUGGUUAUUCUUUCACAAACAUUAAACUUUUGGAGGAAGCUUUAACACACGACAGUAAUCGAGUGAAUGAUCGUAGUGUACCUACGUAUCAAAGACUUGAAUUUCUUGGCGAUAGUGUGUUGAAUUUCGUUGUUAGUGACCAAAUUUAUCGUAGCAAUCAAGAUUUUAAUGAAGGUCAGUUGACAAAUAAACGAAAAGAGCUCAUUGAAUCAGUGAAACAAAGUCAAAUCGCUGAAAAACUCAACAUCAAGGAUUACAUCGUAUUUGGACAGAGCGUUCGAAAGGAUCAAUUUUCGAAGUACCACAGUUUUGUGGAAUCGUUAAUUGGUGCUGUUUAUAUUGAUGGUGGCUUAGACAAAACACGUCAGGUUAUUCAUCGACUUUGGGAACUCAGUGAUACUUCAAAUGCAGCUAACAGCCGCGCUGGUUGUGUAAUAUCAUAG